UGGUUUCACAGAAAUCCUUUGAAGGCCACCGCGCCUGUUUCCUUCAGUCUGUAUGGAGUAGCUGCAAGUACUGGUGCUAAUAAGAUAUGCAAUGACCUGAAGUCAGCACGAGCACGGCUGUUAGAACUGUUAACAGAUGUCACCGCUAAUGCUGAAAUGAUGAAAAAUGCUACAGAUGCAUACUUCUCACUUCUACAAGGCUUCAUACUUUCUCUGGAUGGUACAACACAGGAAAACAAGCUGCGCUUCAUUCAGAAUUUUAAAUGGACUGACACCUUGCAAGGGAACACUCCAAGUGCACAGCAGGAUGCAGUGUUUGAGCUUGUCUCAAUGGGGUUUAAUGUUGCUUUGUGGUACACAAAGUUUGGGUCUAGAAUGGCCGGAAAAGAAGA